AUGGAAUUCAAUAGCUUAACUGGUUCCAUACCAAUAGAGAUCUUCAACCUCUCAAAGUUGAUUAUUAUGUCACUUACACAAAAUCAACUUUCAGGCAAUCUGCCAUCCACAUUCGGUUAUAGGCUUCCCAAUCUAGAAGAGCUUUACCUCGGCAUUAAUUCCUUCUCUGGAGUAUUACCUACCUCAAUCUCAAAUUCUUCUAAACUUCAUAGAGUAGAUUUUGGUACUAACAAGUUCACAGGUCCAAUUCCUACUUCCCUGGGUGACCUAAGUCUCCUGGAACUACUGAAUCUAUUCAGCAACAAUUUAACGAGCGACUCCGCAUCUCAAGAGUUGAGCUUCAUCACUUCAUUGACAAAAUGCCAAUAUUUGUCAAUAUUGGUCUUGAGUGGCAAUCCAUUCAAUGGGUUCAUUCCGGAGUCGGUCAGUAAUCUUUCAACUUCCCUUCAAUUGUUGUCUGCAUCAGAUUGUAAAAUCAAGGGCAUCAUUCCUGAUGGAAUUGGAAAUUUUAGUAGUUUGAUCCAGUUAGAUCUAUCCAACAAUGAGCUAAAUGGGUCGUUGCCAGCUAGGAUAAAAGAUUUACGAAAGCUUCAAGGAAUGGAUCUUAGUGUGAACAAAUUAAGCAAAGUGCCCCUAGAGUUUCUUUGUGCUCUCUAUGACUUGGCUACAAUAGAUCUUGGACAAAAUCAAAUUAUGGGCUCAAUACCAAAGUGCAUGGGAAAUUUUACUUCCCUGAGGAAUCUUAACCUAAGUCACAAUAGACUAAAUUCUUCCCCACCUGUAGAAAUAUGGAACCUGAAAGAUCUCUUGGAGCUUGACCUCUCCUCAAAUUUGUUGAGUGGAUCUCUGCCACAAGCAAUUACGAAUAUGAAGAUGGCAAAUUGA